UUCAUGUAAUGAAUUCUCGCGAUCGGUAAUCAGUAGCGCAGUUCCGCGUCGUGCAUGAAUGCGACGAUAUUCCUCUCGUUAUAAUCAUUGACAAUGAUUCGUUGAAAAAAACUUCGAUGAAAAAACGACCUGGUUUUGGUUUUGUUUCCCUCGGUAUAAACGAUGCUGGUGGUUCAUUGAAAAGUGAAAAUAGUGAAAAGUUUGUUUUUUUUGUGUGUUUAUUCAAGCUCAAAAACUCAUGUCGAGCAGUUUUGUUUGUUGAAGAAAAAAAGGUGAUUUUGAUUUCCCGAUGUUAGUCUCGACGGUCUCCACAUAAGAAUACAGUGAUUUGGUUCAUUGGAAAGUGAAAACAGUGGAGAAUGUCGUGACAUUUUCUGUUUUUGUUACCGAAGCUCGCACAGCACGCUAAAAACUCGUGACAAGGCGUCUGUUUGUUUUGGCAGUUGAGUGUGACAUAACCUAGAAAUGUUGCGUUUUUUUGAUAAAUACAACGGUGAAGGAUAAAAAUUAGUUGCAACGAUCGUAACUUGAUAUCAAACAAAUGAGAAUGAAGCAAAGAGAGGUUGCUAGUGAAUCGAAAGCGAUGGAUCGUUAGGGGUCCGGGAAGGAAAAAGUGAAGCGCGAUAAUAUGAUGAGCGGUAGAGGCCGCGUGCCGCGAAAGAGCAGCAGAGAACAGCGGAGGCUGCGAACGAGGGAGGAGAUCGAUCGUUCGGUGUUGCGUCUUUUCUGAUAAUGCGUUGAUGCUUGAGAGAGUGGAGAGUUGCGCGUGAGGAAAAAUGUUCGAGAAUAUCCCGAAUAAGAGCGAGAGCCGUUUUUCUCAUUCGGAUUCCCCAUGAAGGUGCAUGCGCGGUAAAACAUUUUUUUUACCCCAAAUUCAGGGUUUUCAAGGUCGCCUGAAUAACGGGAAUUUUGAUACGUCAACUCGGCGAGAAGUAGCCGCACCACAGAUAUCAUUUUUUACGAGUCGCUCUGUACGCUCCUGUUCCUCAGUCGAACGAGCAGUCUCUAGAAGGACGAGAAAACGACCCCGCAGGAUGCUCGUACGCGUACGUCAUUCCACGAGCUUUUCCGAAACGCGUUGCUUCUCCCGAGACUCCCAAUCGUCUCGAAAACACUCAUUAUUUUUGAGCCCCAGUUCCAUUUACUGACGUUCAUCGCUUCAAUUGUCGAACAUUCAUGAGUUUGAAACUUCCGUCGCCAUUUUGGUGUGAUCAACGCCAACUAGAGUCAUCGUCAGUCAAGACAACGAACUAUCGCUUCGUCUUAUACUGUUUCUUUCAAGCUACAGUUGCGGUGAAACCGAACAACUUGAUUUACCAUCCCGAAGCAGACUAGCCCAAUAUCGCGAGUAAAAUGUACGGCCUCAUUCUGGAAAACUUGUCCGAGUACAUCAGACAAGUCUACGGGGACGAACGAUGGGAAGAAAUACGGAGACAAGCCGCUGUCGAGCAACCCAGUUUCAGUGUCCACCAAGUUUAUCCGGAAAAUUUGAUCCCGAGACUGGCCAAAAAGGCUAUUCAGUUGCUGGGAAUCACGGAAAAGGAAUUCUUCGACCAGAUGGGCGUUCAUUUCGUGGGUUUCGUUGGUCAGUACGGCUACGACCGGGUGCUGUCGGUGCUCGGACGCCACGUGCGCGACUUCUUGAACGGCCUCGACAACCUUCACGAGUAUCUCAAAUUCUCGUAUCCGCGGAUGCGAGCACCUUCGUUCAUCUGUGAAAACGAGACCAGGCAAGGAUUGACCCUCCAUUACCGGAGCAAGCGUCGUGGCUUCGUUUACUAUACGAUGGGACAGAUUCGUGAGGUGGCGAGGCAUUUCUACCACAAAGAACUUCAGAUCGAGCUCGUCAGAGAGGAAAUUCUGUUUGACACGGUGCACGUGACCUUCCAAUUGACCUUCGAUAAUCGAGCUUUCACAUUCGCCUCUCUGGCGAUGACCCGGGAAGAAAAACAUUUGCCAAUCGGUGCAUCGGUUUUGUUCGAAAUAUUUCCAUUCUGUAUCGUCUUUGGGUCGGACAUGGUGGUUCGCAGUAUCGGCAAUUCGCUGAUGGUCAUUCUACCGGAUCUCGUGGGGAAGAAAAUAACACACUGGUUCGACCUUGUCAGGCCUCUGAUAGCAUUCAAAUUCCAGUCGAUACUCAACAGAACGAAUAACAUUUUUGAACUCGUGUCCGUCGAGCCAGUACUGACCGAGAGGCCUGUCGAUCGCAGAGGGCAAAGCACACUGCUCAGCGAUGAGAACACCAAUUCACCGGAUGACAAAGCCCUCAGACUCAAAGGCCAAAUGAUUUACAUGGACAACUGGAGAAUGCUCAUGUACUUGGGAACUCCGGUGAUGCCUGAUUUGAACGCCCUCAUUGCUACAGGAUUGUACAUCAAUGAUUUAUCGAUGCACGACUUUAGCAGGGAUUUGAUGCUGGCGGGGACUCAACAAUCGGUCGAGCUCAAAUUGGCUCUGGAUCAGGAACAACUGAAGAGCAAAAAACUCGAGGAAUCGAUGAGAAAACUCGACGAAGAGAUGAAAAGAACGGACGAACUGCUUUAUCAAAUGAUACCGAAACAAGUCGCUGAUCGUUUGCGGAAUGGAGAGAGUCCUAUCGACACUUGCGAGAUGUUCGAUAGCGUUUCGAUACUCUUCUCCGAUGUGGUGACCUUCACGGAAAUUUGUAGUAGGAUUUGCCCAAUGGACGUCGUUUCGAUGCUGAACGCGAUGUAUUCGCUGUUCGACACUCUCACGGAAAGAAAUCACGUCUACAAAGUGGAAACUAUCGGCGAUGCUUACAUGGUUGUGUCGGGUGCUCCCAUCAAGAAAACCGACCACGCUGACCGGGUCUGCGACAUGGCGCUGGACAUGGUCGAGGCGAUAACCAACCUCAAGGAUCGAUCAACAGGUGAUCAUCUCCAGAUCAGAGUCGGUGUUCACAGCGGGGCUGUCGUAGCUGGCAUAGUGGGAUUGAAAAUGCCCAGAUAUUGUCUGUUCGGUGACUCGGUCAAUGUAGCAUCAAGGAUGGAAGCGACGAGCGAGGCCAUGCAGAUACACAUCUCGCAGUCAACCAGGGAGCUUUUAUCACCGUCGUUCAAAGUUAAGGAACGAGGCGAGAUCCAGGUCAAAGGAAAAGGUUCUAUGAAGACGUACUGGCUUGAGAAGAGACAAACGAAGUCUCCGACGAUCAGUAAAAUUCCGAUCAACGAGCCACAGUGGAUGAGCCGCGCCCCCGGGAAACGCAUCUCUUCUUCAUCCAUGCUGUCUUCCGGUGCCUUUUCCGGGUCUUCGGUUAAACUAGCCCUCGCUGGAGAACCAGCAGCGACCUCGGAUGUAAACUUUCCUGCGUCAACACCAACCAUGUCGUCGCCCACUCAUCCGCCUCAUCCCAACCAUCGACAAAGUUCCUGCAGCAUGCUUUACGAACAGGAUCGAAGGAUAUACUCGCCCAUCACUUUCCAUGAUGUGGCUCGACGAUCGGUCGCAAAUUCGCCCACUAAAAUUGCGGAUUCUCGAGAAAUUCGAUCGAAUUCGGUCGGUGCAACCACGACACUUCUCCGCCAUUCUUCAGACAUGUUUGCUUCGCUGCUGACAGAAACUGAGGAGCAUUUCCGGCUGCAUCGAGAAAGUACGUUGCCUCGGGUCGAGGGCGAAGAGACGACGAUCGCAGGCGAAAAAUCGUGCCAGGUGAACAUGGCUCAGAACAUGAUGAGCUUCUGUCCCAUGGCUACGCGACCAAUGAGCAGCCUCAACACAGCGACACACACGACGACCAAUACCGACCCAACGAAUUCGUCCUCGGAAGGAUACAGCGCGGACGACGCGCCUGGUGCUCAAUCGGAAACUCCGUGCAGCAAGAGUUUUGGGACCGACCGUUCGACCACCGAGUCCAUCAGCAAUUCUCAGUUACUUGUACGCCAAGAUCAAUGCUGUCCUGGUUUCGCGAUACCGAAGACCGGCAAAUCCAGAAAUCAAGGCAAUCCUUGCAACAUAUCUUGAAACAACGAUGAGCAAUGCGCCGAGCCAACAACGAAGAAACGAUUGUAUCGGCUCACAUUGAAAUAUCGCUUCGUGAUUGACCGAUAACGAUAUUAAUAGUUACAAAAUAACCGUUUUCACGUAAAUUCAUCGAUAAUAAUUACAAUAAUGAUAGAAAUAAUGGACCAGGAGCGAGGCAAUCGACGCACAGCAGCUUUCGAAUUCUGGUCAUUUAUUUGGAGGGAUAUUUCGAGACGAAAGGUCUGAAGACUUUUUUUGAGAAAACAAAUUGAUUUCCAACGGCCGUUGAAGUCGAUCGUGAGACUAUUUUUGUUCGUUCAUGCUCCCAGCGUCAGCUGUGCAGACUCUGUUUGACAUAUCUGUAAUGAAUUUUCGGAACAAUAUUUCCCGGUGAUUCAUUUAAACAAAUGUGAUUUUGCAUUUAUUUGUAGAAUCCUUUUCACGAAUAUGUCUAGAAUAAUUCAUGGGUGGAGUGCACUUGAUGCAAGGAUUUGGUAAAUCUAAUGAGUGUUUGAUCGAGGAUAGAAAAUUUCAUGACUUUCUCAUCGUUAAGAUAUGUAAUGAUUGUUUACAAAUCUGGAAUAAAUGAAAACAAAAACUUGCGUAA